AUGACUACUGCCGAUGAAACAACUAAGUUUGAUGGUUUAAACAUCGAAUUAGUCGAAGCUUCAAGUAUCCGAAAGAAGCACAUGCUAAUUAAGGGUGAAAAGAAUGUCUAUAAGCUUAUUGAAAUCACUGAUAUAACUAAGUCUAAGCCGGGUAAGCAUGGAGCAGCUAAGCUUAACUUUACAGGAGUUGAUUUGUCCGUUAACCGUAACAUUACUUUUACUGAAGGUACUAAAGACCAAGUAACAGUUGGAACUUUUAAACGAACACCAUGCCUUCUAUUAGAGCUUGAUGAGCAGAAGGAUGAAAUUCAUCUGUUCAACGAAGAGAAGUACGAGGACUUUUAUCUGGAUAAAUCUAGAGUACCAGCUGAAGCUUUGGCUAAGUUGGGGAAGGUUGCUAAUGUAGACAACUGUGAGGUUAAGUUUAUUUUGAUUGAUACGCCUUACGUGGUCAAUAUUGUUGAUAUUGUUACCAAUGUUAUUUAG